UACGUGCUGGGCAAACAUCAAGUGUUACAGCAUCUCGUUAUGGCUUUGAGGCGCUUGGAACGCGUGUUUUGCCAGCAGCUGUUGCAGUCAGCUGUACGCUGCCAGAGUGUGCGUGCUGGCUCAUCAGUUGCUCAUCUCGACCCUUAUUACAAGAUUGGCAAGCGUGAAGUGGUUGGUUAUGGACACAAUGGUGGCUUCAACUACAUGGACCGCCCUGAUUUCCCAAUGCCAGCUGUGCGAUUUAGAGAAGCCAACAAUGAAAUCCUGAAUCGUUCUCACUACAGGAAAACCACUUACCAUCGUUAUUUUACAGUUCUGCCGCCGUUGCCAGCGAGCUUUACUCCUGAGAAUCAAGCCAUCCAACUUCGCAACAUGAUCGAGUUGCAGGUCGACCCCAUUGACGGUCUAGCAUCCAAAUAUGACUACGAGAAGAACCAAUGGAAGAAGUAGACGUUCUGCAACUGAGUAGUACAUCCUUAUUUAUGUACAAUUCCAAGAUUCUUUUAUGAUCUAGAGGGGUAAAAUCAUAUUUAAGUUAACGCAUGAGGCAGGCAUUGUUUUUCCAGCUCAUAAUACAGCUCUUCGGUUGCCUCGUUAUUCCGAAUGAUCGACAAAACUGAAUUCCUCCCUUGCGUUGUUUUAAUUGUUGUUGCUGUCAGGACUGCGGGAUUCAUAUUAGAGGCUCUGUAUAUACAGAUACAACACAAGUGAUUGUAAGGUCCAUAAACUACAAAUGUAAUGGAAA